AUGGAGUUUGCAUAUAAUAAUAUAUAUCAAUCAAGCAUUGGGAUGUCAACCUACGAUGCCUUAUAUGGAAGACAGUGUAGGAUUCCAAUUUAUUGGGAUGAAGUAGGUGAGCAAAGAUUGGAAGUAUCUGAAGAUGUUGAAGCAACGAAGGAGAGGAGAAAAAGAAAGGAUCUUCAGUUUGAAGUUGGUGAUUGGGUGUUCUUAAAGUUGUCGCCUUCGAAAGGUGUGGUGAGAUGUGGAAAGUGGGGGAAGUUAAGCCCUAAUUACAUUCGGCCAUAUGAGAUUUUGGAGCUUGUAGGCCCAGUGGCCUAUAGACUUGCUUUGCAUUCGGAACUUUCUCGGUUACACGACGUAUUCCACGUCUCCAUGCUCCGAAAGUAUAUUUCAGAUCCUUCUCAUGUUCUGGAGUCGCAACCAAUAGAAUUGAAGGAUGAUUUGAGUUAUGUGAAGCAACCCGUUCAGAUUUUGGACUGGAAGAUACAAGUACUAUGUUCUAGAGAGAUUCCACUUGUAAAAGUCCUAUGGAGGAGUCAUGCAAUGGAGGAGGCCAUUUAG